AUCGCAGAUGGAGAAACUCGAUACAAACAACUGGAGAAAGAGUUCCAUCUGUACCGAGAACAACAGAACGUCAGACCAGAGUUCAGGCUGCAGUCAGAGAUCAACCUGCUCACCCUGGAGAAGGUGGAGCUGGAGAGGAAACUGGAGUCCACCACCAAGUCCAAGCUCCAUUAUAAACAGCAGUGGGGACGGGCCCUGAAGGAGCUGGCCCGCUUCAAACAGAGGGAGCAGGAGAACGCCAUGACGCGCCUGAAGAAGCAGCAGGCGGAGCUGGAGGCCAUGAGGCUGCGUUACCUAGCAACGGAGGAGAAGGAGGCGGUCCGACAAGACAGGCAGGAGCUGGACGACAUCAGGAACCAACUGAACAGGUUAAAGCAGCAGGAGGACAGGAUAGGACCCGCCCCCUCCGCACCGGCCCCUGCCCCCUUCGAGCCUAGCCCUGCCCCUGGUCCGAGCGUCAGCGAGAGCGCUGACGAACACCUGAGUCGCCUGCUGGAGGAGAGGGACACCCUGCUGAGGACGGGGGUCUACACCCACCAAGACCGGAUCAUCUGUGAGCUCAACAGACAGAUCCAGGACGCCAUGAGGGACAGGAAGUACUGAUGCACACCGGCCAAUCAGACGCAGGUGCACCGACAGACACUCAGGUAGACAAUGGAGAACCCAGUCUGGACCAGAACCAGAACCAACCUUCAGAAUCGUUUAUGAAACGUUUCCACUCAGUCGGCGUUUUUCUGUCGGUGCGGUUUCAUCCAGUGAUGCUGUGACAACCAGGUCCUCCAUCUGGUUCUAGAAGCAGGUGGAUCCGAGCUGGACCCGGUUCAGUUUGGACUGAAUGAACGUGGACCCGGUUCAGUUUGGACUGAAUGAACGUGGACCCGGUUCCGUUUGGACUGAAUGAACGUGGACCCGGUUCAGUUUGGACUGAAUGAACGUGGCUGUGGGCGUCUGCGUUCUUGGUCAUGUGACCGUUCCUGUUCAUUCACUGGUUUAUGUUUUUAUUCAUGUUCACGUCACUUUGAAAAACACGGACGAAGAAACGAUCUGUAUUUAUGAGUUUAGAAAAUUCACAUGAAAAUCUGAAGAUUCAACUAUAGAGCAACAACAAACCUCUGCCUCUGCCAUGUCCAUCUGUCCAUUUGUCCAGUUUUCUGCUGAUGUUAGAUUUGAUCACAGAUGAAACCUAGAACUCCACAUCAGAGUUAAAAACAAGUGAAAAUAGUCGUUAGUUUUAUCUUUAACUGACACAUGACUGUGUUUUAGAGGAUUUUACUCCAGUUUUUUACGUGUUUUAACCUCAAACUAUGAGUUAAAACCACAGUUUAACCGUAAACGUUUUUACAUUUGUAGAUUUUCUACUUUUAUUUGUGGAAAGUCUGUCUGUCGAUGUGUUCAGGGACAGUCGGACACGUUAAAGUUCACAUAUAAUGACUCUGAUUUCUCCACCAGAAUCCUCAUAUUUGAUCAGAAGUCUGUUUUCUCACUAAACUGUUGUGAAUUCAACAGUUUGUGUUUAAAUAGAAGCUGUUCGUGGAUUUGAAUGAAGGUUGAGGUGAAUAAAAUGAUCAUGUUUCUGAGUCCAACAGUCUGAACCUGGAAACGCAGCCUGUUUUCUGUUUGUUCAUGUUGGAAACCAUCAUUUGUUUGUUUGUUGUUUAGUGGCAGCAGGAGGCGCUGCAGCUCCAUAAACCUCAACCUCCGACUGCAGACACACAUUUAUUUAUUUAUUUUCUAUCAGACGACGCCGGUUUCUGUCUGAAAUAAAUUAUUUUGAGAUGA